UUCAGCGCACUACACGAGCUCUCUCUCACACACAUACACACUCACUCAAACAUUGUCGUCCCGUUGGUGAACUGCAACAUCGUUAGAGCUGGGCGACACUACUCGUCAGUACACUUUUUGGUUUCUCACCGACAAAACAAAUUGGAGUCAUCGCGCACGCUUCAGUUCAUCAUUUAUUCAAACGGCACAUCACAAGCACCGUUUUACACGAGUAAGAGCAAGAGUACAAGCGCAGUAUCGCCACUCGGCUACUGCGCUUAAGAGUGUGAGAGUGUAUGUGAGUAUACAGAAAUCAUCAAUGCCUGCGGUUGUGUGUCCAUCGACACUGAAAUGAUUCUCACGGACUAACCGGCUAGAUGUAAACCAGCAUGCUGUCUCUUUUCGUGCUGUGGUGCGUCCUGACGGGCGCAUCGGCAGCGAUUGAAGCUCCUGAGGAGUUUGUGUCCCUGGCUGAGUUGGAGGAUGCUCUGCAGAGGAAUCUUUUUAAAGGCUACCAGAAAUGGGUGCGGCCUGUGCUUCAUGCCAAUGACACCAUCACUGUACGCUUUGGCCUCAAGAUCUCACAGCUUGUGGAUGUGGAUGAAAAGAAUCAGCUGAUGACGACUAACGUCUGGCUGUGGCAGGUGCGUCUCAGUAAACAGAUCUCUGUGGGCCUUGAAGGUUAUGGCCGCGUUCUUUCCCUCGUAGCUGAACACUAUUUGUGUUUGCGUGUGCAGGAGUGGACUGACUACAAGCUGCGCUGGAACCCUGACGACUACGGAGGCAUCACAUCCAUUCGGGUCCCGUCGGAGAGCAUCUGGCUGCCUGAUAUAGUGCUGUAUGAGAAUGCGGAUGGGCGUUUUGAGGGCUCUCUGAUGACCAAGGCCAUAGUGAAGUCCAACGGCACCAUCAUGUGGACUCCUCCGGCCAGCUACAAGUCCUCCUGCACCAUGGACGUCACUUUCUUCCCCUUCGACCGCCAGAACUGCUCCAUGAAGUUCGGCUCCUGGACCUACGAUGGCAACAUGGUGGACCUGGUGCUGGUGGACCACUAUGUGGACCGCAAGGACUUCUUUGACAACGGCGAGUGGGAGAUCCUCAACGCCACGGGCAUGAAGGGCAGCCGGCGGGACGGCCUCUACUCCUACCCGUUCGUUACCUACUCGUUCAUCAUGAAGCGGCUGCCGCUCUUCUACACACUCUUCCUCAUCAUCCCCUGCCUGGGCCUGUCCUUCCUCACCGUGCUCGUCUUCUACCUGCCGUCCGACGAGGGCGAGAAGCUCUCGCUCUCCACCUCCGUGCUGGUGUCGCUCACCGUGUUCCUGCUGGUCAUCGAGGAGAUCAUACCCUCCUCCUCCAAGGUCAUCCCGCUCAUCGGCGAGUACCUGCUCUUCAUCAUGAUCUUCGUCACCUUCUCCAUCAUCGUCACCGUCUUCGUCAUCAACGUGCACCACCGCUCCUCGGCCACAUACCAUCCCAUGGCCCCGUGGGUGAAGACCCUGUUCCUGCAGCGGCUGCCCCGACUGUUGUGCAUGCGCGGCCACGCUGACCGCCUGCGCUACCCCGACAUGGAGCUGCGCAGCCCCGAGCUCAAACGGAAGAGGGCAGGAGCGGCCGGCGGGCCGGUUGGGGGGAAGGAGGACGAGUGGGUGUCCAUGCUGGAGAAAGCGACCUACUCUGUGCGAUACAUCUCACGCCACAUCCGCAAGGAGCACUUCAUCAGAGAGGUGGUGCAGGAUUGGAAGUUUGUGGCACAGGUGUUAGAUCGAAUCUUCCUGUGGACCUUCCUCACUGUAUCUGUCAUGGGAACUAUCCUCAUCUUCACUCCAGCGGUGACAAUGUAUCUCAGCACACCUCCGUAGACACAAACGCACACACACACAGACCCUCACAUACACACACUCAUUCACACACACACACACACACACACACACACACACACACACACACACACACACACACACACACACACUUUCACACACACACUUUCACACUUACACACACAUACACACUCAUACACCAGUGGACACCAUACACCUGGGAGUGGAGCGUGGACAUGGUGAUGAGCAGGUUGACCUCCCUAUUCUCUGUGGCCAUGAGGCUGUCAUGCUGGCCCCCAGGAUGUGUAAAUAAAGUCUAAUUAAAAAGAAUCGAUCUGUCAUGUCUAUACAUCAUAUAUUAUUUAAAUUACAUCUGCAUACUCACGUUGUGUCAGGAUUGGAGACUGAAAUUAAUGAUUUCAUGAAUCAACAGUUUUGUAAAUUGGAUUUCAGAACAUGAUAUUCUGAUGAACUUUGCUGCAGUUUGUCCUGUGGGAGUAGCCUAUGCUGAGAUUUGUUUCUGUCCCUGUAAGACCCAAAUGUACUAAAAUCGAAGAGAACUAAUAGAACUAUAGAAUGAAUGGGUGAGUGAGUUCUCUCAGCAAGGACAGUUCUCUCCCAGUUCUACUUUUACUUGUUUACCUCGUCAUGCACACUGUUGUCUUGUCUGCCACAGUCUG